AUGGUCAAGACAGAUCACAUUAAAUACAUUGAUGACUACGAUAAGAAACAUGCACCAACAGAUCAUGUUUUCCACCCCACCACAAAGAGAGAACUUCGUCGAAUGAAACAAUCUCAAAGUUUGUGGGGAAAUAUUGGGGAAACACUCACAAGCACAUUGAAGAAUGUUCCACUUGUGGGAGAACAAGUGGAAUCUCAACAGAAAAUGUGGGAAGAAUCCAACUUGAAACAGGAAAGAUUGAAAGGUGAUAAUAAUAUUGGAUGGGGUGGCAUUACACUUGAAGAUACAGUGUUUAAUAAGUUGUUUAAUGAGACUGAAUAUUAG